AUGGGUGUCUUCCGCCCACGAGGCCGGAGCGAUUCUCGCGUAUCCGGACUGCCUCUCCGCCGCUCUCUAUUCGUCGAUGAUGAGGCUCCAGAUGUGAUUGAGGCCCCUGUCGAGCAGGCCAAUAAUGGUAGUCCUCCGAGAACACCUUUGGGGAUCGAGCCCCUUGUAUCUGGCGGGACAAGCCACAGAACGCCAAGUCGUUCUUUCUACCAUCGAUCGUUCAACAGUACAGCAGAUCCCGCUCCUUAUUCGUCUCAAGGUCUUCGAGAGCAAACCGCUGAACUGGCAUCUUAUGCUUUGUCCCUCAAUGGAAGCUCACUUCCCCAGGAACGGAAUACGCUACCACCGUCACUCGAUAUCUUUCACCCGAUCCAAAAUAUAGACCUCUCUUCGUCGCCCACCGAUACUGUAGUCCCAGUUUUAGACACCGAACCUUCCGUCGGCCCUACCGCUGGUUCGUCGGCCUUGACGGAGAUGAUCCGCAACCCUUCUGACUCUCUGGACGGUGCCGAUGGUCGGAAUAGCGCUAUAGACCAGAAUGGACUGGGUGAAUGUGGAGCUUCCGUGGGGAGUUCAGGCGCGUCGUCCGACAUACGUGAAGCUCCUAUUACCGAUCAGACGUCCCUACUGCCCAAGUCACCGCAGACAAAGCGUCUCCGUAGUUACGGGGUUGCCGAGGACGUUGAGAGUCAAGAGACUAUAAGGGAGCGCAACCCGAGUGCAUUCCAUCAAGCGUUCUCGAGUUGUACGGUUUGCCUUCAAGGGUUAGUGCAUCCAAAAUCAUGGAAUGGGCGGGCAGUCUGGGAACAAGGUGUCGUCCGUCCUGUUAGUCUACUGCCUUCGGUAUUCCUCGGCCUUUUGCUCAACAUCCUUGAUGCUCUAUCCUAUGGAAUGAUUUUGUUUCCACUUGGGGAGCCAAUUUUCUCUAAUCUUGGGUCCGACGGCAUUUCCAUGUUCUACGUUAGUACUAUCAUCGCCCAGCUGGUCUUCUCAUGUGGGGGAUCAAUCUUCCGCGGUGGGAUUGGGAGUGAGAUGAUCGAAGUUGUUCCCUUUUUCCAUCAGAUGGCCUUCACAAUCCUGGCACGUGUGGGCCAGGAUAACCCAAGGUCUGUCAUCGCAACAACAAUCCUAGCAUUUUCAGUCAGUUCUGUCCUGACCGGGUUGGUAUUCUUCUUGAUGGGAACUUGUAAAUUAGGAUCCCUCAUUGGAUUCUUCCCUAGACAUAUCUUGAUUGGGUGUAUCGGUGGUGUGGGGUUCUUUCUCCUGCAGACGGGUGUUGAGGUUUCCGCUCGACUACCGGGAUCGCUCGAAUAUACCAUCCCUACUCUGGAGAAACUUUUCCAUUCAGACACUGUUGCCCUUUGGAUAAUACCCUUGCUACUUGCAAUCGGUCUCCUUGUUUUGAAGCGUUUUGUACGGUCUAAUUUUCUGGUUGGUGGCUACUUUAUUGCCGUUGCUAUCCUUUUCUAUAUCGCCAAAUUGAGUGCCAGUGUGCCUAUGGAUACUCUACGGGAAAGUGGGUGGGUGUUCGAAGCGCCAUCAUCUAAUAACCCAUGGUGGCAUUUCUAUACACUUUAUGACUUCGCUGCCGUCGACUGGGCUGCCUUUAUUGAUACUAUACCGGCGAUGUUUGCGCUUACAUUCUUUGGGGUCCUUCACGUUCCCAUCAACGUUCCAGCGUUGGGCAUAUCGACUGGCGAAGAUAAUCUGAAUGUUGACCGUGAGCUUAUGGCACAUGGAGUGACCAAUGCUCUGUCAGGAUGUGUUGGCAGCAUACAGAAUUACCUUGUAUACACCAACAGUUUACUUUUUAUCGACAGCGGUGGAAAUUCACGCUUGGCAGGUGUCAUGCUUGCUACUGCUACUCUGGGAAUCCUCCUCGUUGGGCCAGUAAUAGUCGGUUUCAUUCCAGUCAUGGUUGUGGGAGCACUCAUUUUCUUACUCGGUAUCGAAUUGAUGGAAGAAGCGCUAGUUGAUACCUGGGGGAAAUUGCACAGACACGAAUAUCUAACAGUCGUCAUAAUUGUCGUUACCAUGGGCGCUUGGGACUUUGUCGUGGGCAUUUUCGUCGGUAUCAUCCUAGCGUGCCUGAGUUUCGUCGUUCAGACAUCUCGCAAAUCUGCGAUUAGGGCGACGUUUUCCGGCAAGACUGCUGGCUCAACUGUCCGCCGGCCUCCGAUUCAACAGCGGUUCUUGAGAGAAGCAGGACAACAGACACUCAUUAUCAAACUUGGGGGUUAUCUAUUUUUCGGAACCAUUGUUAACGUUGAGAAUACAAUGCGGGGUUUGAUUGAAGAGGAAGCGUUUAACAAGCGUCCUAUUCGAUUCAUUAUUCUGGAUUUCUCGCGCGUGUACGGCAUUGAUUUCUCUGCCGCCGAGGCCUUCACACGUAUCAAUCGCAUUCUGCGGAAGCGGAACGUGCUCAUGACUAUUUCUGGAUUGAAUAUGGAAGGGGAGGUUGGCAGGAGCCUUCAGAAUGUGGGGUUGUUCGAGUCCGAAAAUGACGUGCAGAUUUUCGAGGACUUCAACUCUGCGCUUGAGUUCUGCGAGAAUGACUAUCUAAAAGUCUUCUACAGCCACCGUGAAGCGUUGCUCAAGAGAAAGGAUAUGUCCUCGGCAUUCCUAGAGGUACCCGGAUCGCAAGGCCAACAGCAUCUCCAUGACAGUAUAGUGAGCUCUCCUCGUCAUAGGUAUCUCCAGCAGGCAGCCACUACGACUCUGUGCGAAGAUGAGACAGCCGUGGUAGCCCCAGCAGCAUGGGCUGCCAUGCGACAGCCUUUGCCCCUUUUACUCCAGACAUUCCAAGGAUUAACUUUGCGGAACGAGGAUUUCUGGUUCCGGGCCUGUGCCUAUUUUGUCCGUGACACCUACGCAGCGGGCACUGUAUUGUUCCAAGAGGGCGACGUGCCCAACGCCUUCUAUUUGCUUGAAUCCGGGAUGCUGCGUGCGGAAUAUGAGCUGCCGCAAGGGCGGUAUUUCGAGCUGAUUGUCGCCGGACGGCCGUGCGGAGAAUUGCCAUUCUUCAGCGAAACCCGACGAACGGCAACGGUUAAGGCGGAGCAAGACUGCGUCGCAUGGUGUUUGUCUACGGCCAAAUGGCGAGAUCUAAGGGAGCAAGAACCCGAAAUUGCCCGGGAACUGCUGACAGUCAGUCUGAAGCUGACCACUGAACGCAUGGAUAGCAUUACUUCUUAUGUUCUUACUAUGGCGGCUUAA